AUGCCGGCGGGACGCGGCGCCGACGGGCUGCCGCGCGCGUUCCUGCAGAGCCUGCGCCCGCUCUUCGACAUCCUGGACGACCGGCGGCGCGGCUGCGUGCACCUGCGCGAGAUCGAGUCCCGCUGGCGGCUGCCGCCCGACGGCGAGGGCCCGGCGCUGCCCCCGGGCGUGCUGGAGGGGCUGCGCCGGGCCGCGCCGCCCAGCGGCUACCUCACCUUCGAGAGGUUCGUGCUGGGCCUGCGGGCCUCCCUCCCCGGCCCGGCGGACCCCGCCAGCACGCUCCCGCCGGGGCCCGCGGACGGCAGGGCGCCCGCCCACGAGGGGGCUUCGGGCAGCGGCGCCGGCCGUGCCCCGCGCGCUCCGGAGAAGACGCCCGUCCCGGCGGCCGAGCAGACGCGCUGCACACGACCGGGGACGGCGGCAGAAGCCGGCGGGACCCAGAAGCCGGCGGGCCUGUUGCAAAACGAGAGCCGCUCCAGGGUGGUGGAGAGCCGGAAGCAGCCGAGGUGCCGCGGCGAGCACAGGAGACACACCAUCACCGGUGGCGUGGACUAUGCCAUGCUGAAGCAAAUGAAAGAACUGGAGAAGGAGAAGGAUUUUUUGCUGCAGGGGCUGGAGGUGGUGGAUCGGGCCCGCGAGUGGUACCUCCAGCAAAUCCACAUCCUCCAGGAGCACCAGAAGCAACUGGGCAAAAGCAAAGUUCACAGAGACUCGCCUUCAGAGGGUAGCCUGAGCCAGCUCCACCUUCUAGUGCCCAAAUUGCAGGAACUGAAUCGCUGCCUCUGUGAGCUGCUGUCUCUUGCUGCGAAGCCCCCAAGCCCGUGCGGUGUCACCGCAAACAGCCCGGCCUGUGCGACCGCGGCCCCCCCCCCUCUGGCCGGACCACAGCAGACCAUCGCGAUGCUGAAGGAACAGAACUGGCUCCUGACCAAGGAGGUGACAGACAAAAGCGAACGGAUCACGCAGCUGCAGCAGGAGAAGUCGGCCCUGAUCAAGCAGCUCUUCGAAGCCCGUGCUCUCGGCAGCCGCGAGAGCAACCAGCUGGAUUCCACGUUCAUCUAGUCCCUCGGCCGCGCGUCGGGGCAGGUGCCUGCGGGCGCCGUGGCCCCGCUCCAGCCGUGGCUGCGAGCUCUUUGCAGCGCCCCAGGCAGCUCCGAGCAAGGCGCUGCCUCGCGCCCCCCGCUCGCUCGCUCGCUCCCGUCCCUCUGCCCUCCGGCGUCGCACAUCUCUGCGGCCACCGCCAAGGGUGCCCCUCUUGUUCCGGCUGCUGUUCAGGCCAUCGGAGCUGCAGUCCCCCAGCUCCCGGAUCCGGCUUCCGUUUGGCUGGUGCGGACACAGCCGUUCCUCCACUGCAGCACUCCAAACCAGGCCGCCCGCGGGGGAAGCAGCGCUUCUGCGUUUCCUAGGCCUCCUUUUGACAUGGAAAAGCGGUUUACUUCGUUCAGGAACACUUUACGGCUUUUGGGGGGGCCUGCCCGUUGCAUUAAACUCCGGAUGCUGCUCCAGUCUUCAGGUUCAAGUAGCCAGAAUGAAAGGUCCUCCUCUUUACUCCAAUACUAGCAGUGGCUUCUCUUCCUCUGUAGCCUGAAAGUGCAUCUGAGCAUAUACAGAGUGCUCUUUCCUCAGAACUCCUUUACUGCAGCCAGCUUUCAGGGGUAGCUUGAACUUUCUUGCUGGCUCUGUGUCCUACUUUUCUUUAAACUGUUUUUCUAAGAAGAGCUUUGCCGCAUCGGGUGCGAGGCCCGCUUAAUCGCCCCGGUGGAGUGGCUUCCCUUGGGCAGCCACUCUCAAGCGAACGUGUCUGUCCCCCGGCUUAUGCAGAGGGGAAUCUGAGAUCCGGUGAACCCGAGAUCCGGUCGCUCCCUUUAAAUGCUGCCAGCCUGCCCCAUGAGACACAUUUCUCUGCCUACGGAGGAGGAAAGUGUGAAGUCCAGGGGGACGUGUUCCUGGGCUGUUGUGUAAGCCAGUGGUCUUGAUGCGCAUCAUUUCCUAUGUAAAACAUUUGGGCAUGGGGCUGCGUAUAUGUGGCCAGAGGGCUGGGGGGGGUCAUUUCCCCCCACCCCUAGUUACAUUUUGGAGCAAGAUUCCUCGUUGCUGCUCAGGGUUGUUGUCUGUCACUUGCGAUGUCCCAGCAAAGAGCCGUUUUUGUCCCCGCGCUCGGUGCUGUCUGGACUCCUCUCACACUCCAGCUGCUGUGGACAUUUGCAUCCGCAACCCCCUCUCAGGUAUGUAGCACGAUUCACUGUUGUCUGUCAUUUUAUGCAUGUUUCUGAUCGGGGGAUGGAAGCCCCCUCCAAAUAAAAGCCGAAACGAGCCUCAAAGCA